AUGGACGGAUGCCUCGCCGCGCUGCGCGCAGAGGCGGAGGCGCUGAUGGCCAGACACCAGCUACUCAGGAGCGCGCUGCUGUCGUCCUGCGCGCCGGAGGACCUCCAGCGCUGCGCCGACUGCAGCCAGCUCUUCAGGGACGCCCUGCAGGAGUCCUCGCAGGAGGGGCUGGAGCAGCAGCUCAGCGGGCUCCAGCACGCCGCGGCGCUGGAGCGCCUGGACAGGAGCCGCCUGGAGGCCCGGCUGGAGUGGUGGCGCCGCCUGUGCGAGCGGCAGGCCGGCGAGCUGGAGGCCGUCAGCCAGGGCGUGGCGGUGGUGCGGCGCGAGGUGCUGCGAGUCGUGGGCCCGGCGCUGGGCUGGACCGGGCCCUCUGGAGGCCUGGCGCGCCUCCAGGAUUAUUCACAACAAGUAAAUUCGUUAGAGACACAAAACUGCAUAAUGGAGAGUGGGGUGAAGUCAUUAUCAUCAGAACUGCAGGCUACUAAAGAAAAACUUGAAUCAUGUGAAAAUGAGAAAGCGCAGGUGUUGAAAACACUGGAACAAAGAAACGAAGAUAUUCGUAAUCUAAAGGUGGCUAAUGCAUCUUUAGAGUCUGAACGAAAUAAGCACUUGGAUGCUCUCGCGAAGCUUGACAGCAAGCUGAAGAAGGUGUGCAGUUGCUUCGACAAGGAGCUGGAGCUGAAAGGAGAGGUGAUUGAGAAGCUGCGGGAUGAAUUGGGGAAGCUGGAGAAAGACCGAGAGAGGCUGAUCUCCAUGAACGACGAGGUGGCCGAUGAGGUGAUGGAAUGGCAGGCGAUGAUCAGGUCUCUGUGCCACCUGGUGAACCAAGUGUCGCAGCAGGCGCUCGCCAAGGUUAGCGCUGCCGUCGAGACCCCCGGCGUCACCAGAGUGCCUCGCGUGCGGGUGCUCAUCUCGUCCAGAGAGCUGAAGAGCAGCCUAUCCUUGCUGUCAUGCUCACGUGAGGAAGGUAGCAGGACUUCCACCAGCUCCCAGGUCGCCCAGAUAUCACCAAGAGGUACAGUCCCAGGGGAGGAAGUCAGCAGGACUUUCACCAGCUCCCAGAUCGCACAGACAUCACCAGGAGGUGCAGAUCCAGGGGAGGAAGGCAUCAGGACUGCCACCAGCUCUCAGGUCGCCCAGACAUCACCAGGAGGUACAGGUCGAGGGGAGGAAAGCAGCAGGACAUCCACCAGCUCCCAGGUCGCCCAGACAUCAACAGAAGGUGCAGGUCCACAUGAGGAAGGUAUCAGGACUUUCACCAGCUCCCAGAUCGCACAGACAUCACCAGGAGGUACAGGUCGAGGGGAGGAAGUUAGCAGGACCUCCACCAGCUUCCAGGUUACCCACACAUCACCAGGAGGUUCAGGUCUACGUGAGGAAGGUAACAGGACUUUCACCAGCUCGCAGGUCGCCCAGACCUCAGUAGGAGGCUCAUGCCUUCGGGAGUUUGCGUCCACGGUCACCCGCACUGAGCAGUCCCAGCAGAUCUGCGUGUGCGUGGGCGACGACAGUGUGGUGACAUCGGCCGUGAACAUGGUGGAGGACAUCAAGGCGCAGCUCAAGGCGUACGUGCUGGAGGAAACGAGGAAGAGAAGCGUGCAGCAAAAUGCCAUCGCCAAAAUGGUUAAAACCGAGUCCAAGUUAAAGAGAAAAUGCAGAGAGCUGGAGAAAACGAGAUUGGAACUUAAAGACAGUAACAACAAAAGCAAUUUGAUCGAACAAGAUUUGCAAGAGUUGAAGAAGAAGAACAAACUCUUGAUAAGCGAAUUAAAAAAUGCGGAUGAUGUAAUUGAAAGAAUGAAGCAGGAAAAAAGCGACUUAAGUUCUGAGAUAAAGAUUCUUGAAGGCGAAGUUAUGAAAGGUCUUCAAACAAUCAGAAGCCAAUGUGACUCAAUGAAAAAUUUAGAGAGCACUAUUGAGGAGCUAAAUAGUACAAUCACAAGACAAUGUAACACAAUGAUAGAUUUAGAGAACACAAUUGAUGUGCUAAAGGAAAUGUUGCUCUCUGAGAGCGAUACCUCAAUAGAAACAAAAGCCGAAUCUGCCGAAUUAAAUCAGGAAACACAUUUAACGAUUAACAUCACAGGAAUCCCAGCUGCAGAAAAUACACCAGAAGCACCGGUCGAAGAAAUCCCUGAAGAGAAGACAGAGCUGACGCAGCGAGACCGGGCGACUACAGGCGACAGCGCAUGCGAGUACCAGACGGUGACCAGCGAGCUGGAGGAUAGGAUACAGCAGCUGGAUCUGACGCAGGGAGAGCUGGUGACAACAGGCGACGGCGCAUGCGAGUACCAGACGGUGACCAGCGAGCUGGAGGGUAGGAUACAGCAGCUGGAUCUGACGCAGCGAGACCUGGUGACUUCAGGCGACGGCGCAUGCGAGUACCAGAUGGCGAGUGGCGAUCUGGAGGGUCAAAUCCAGCAUCUGGAUCUGACGCAGCGAGACCUGGUGACAACAGGCGAUGGCGCAUGCGAGUACCAGAUGGCGAGCGGCGAGCUGGAGGGUAGGAUCCAGCGACUGGAACUGACGCAGCGAGACCCGGUGACAACAGGCGACGGCGCAUGCGAGUACCAGACGACGACAGGCGAGCUGGAGGGUAGGAUCCAGCGGCUGGAGCUGACGCACAAGAGCGAGAUCGAGGAGAUCACGCGCGUGCACAUCGAGAACAUGACGGCCUUCGAGGCGGCCUUCGAGCGGGACAAGGCCUCGGACAGGAAGAUGUACGAUGAGCUGCUCCUGAAGCAGCAGGAGCUGCAUGAGCAGGAGAUCCAGAGCCUCAACGUCAAGCACGAGGAGGAGCUGUGGUUCCUGAGGAGCCUCUUGGAGCCCGAACACAGCGGCAAGGAGGUCCUCACUUCCGAGGACUCGGUGGAAGACGUCUACCUCAACCUCAGCAGAACCAAGGAGGGGGGUUCUGGACGAUGCCUCAAGGAAGUCCUCCAAAAGGACGACGGGAGCUCGGGUGCAGAGCCCGCAGCCUCGGAGCCGAGGACGGAGCGCGCCUCCCGGAGGGCAGAACUCUCCAGGCCGAUGGGAGACAGCAGCGCCCAGGACAACAACAGCCUGGAGAGGCUGAAGACGAUGAAUAGCUUCAGAACGAAGCAAGAGAAUCAAAAACCCAGAGCCACAAAGAACAAGAUACUGACGCUCGUAACGGGAUCAUUGUCAGUGGCACCGACGGAGGUGCUGGAGUACAAACCGCCAGCAGGCGACCAGCUGUUCGCUGGGGACCCGCGCGGCCUGGAGCGUCUCCAGCAGAGCGGCGCCAUCUUGCUGGACGAGGUCUCGGCGCAGAUGCUGCGCCACCUGGUGCACAACGGCCCCGAGGCCCUGGCGCCUGAGCAGUGGUCGGCGCUGCAGGGUGCGCUGUGUCCGGCGCCUAGCUCCCUCACCUCGCUGGACGGGCGUCGCGACGCCAGCUCGCGCAGUCUCUUCCGCAGCGCCAGCUACGGCCUGGCCGACGACGCCUACCUCCGCGACUGCACCGCAGAGUCGUCCGUGGACGGCAAGCGCAAGAAGUCGCCCGUGGACAGCCAGUGGAGGUUCUCUGACCGACCGCACCGCUCGGGUCCGGCCUACUUCAGUCACGUGACCGGCAUCGCCAUGGCCUCCUCCCGCAGUGACGUCACCGCGCGGACCCUGCAUCGAGGUCCCCGCUCCGCCGCUGCCGCCGCCGCCGCCGCCGCCACCUCCGCCUCGCUCACCAGGGCUGAAAGCCAUCCUUAACGACUCAAAAUUUUCUCUGAACACUUUACUGAAAUAAAUACUAUCUUGGAAAAUAA